AUGUCAAUUGUACAAUAUAUAAAUGACGAAGGUUACCGAAUUGACGGAAGAAAAAAUUAUGAAUGCAGAUUAAUAAAAAUAAGUUUAGGAAAUGGAAAUGAGUUAAUAGAUGUAGAUGGAUUUUCUUUUUUUGAAAUAGGAAAUACAAAAUUAUUUGCAUAUAUACAAGGACCAAAUGAAUAUAGAAGACCUGAUGAAAAAUGUUUAGUAAAAUGUAACGUAUUUUUAUCACCUUUUAAUAUAUUAGAGAAGAAAAGGAAAAAAAGUAAAGAUAAUGUAACAAGAGAAAUAAGUUCAUAUAUAAGAAAUAUAUGUAAUCAUAUAAUAUUAUUAGAUUUAUAUAAAAAUUCUGAAAUAAAUAUAUUUCUAUAUAUUAUAGAAAGAGAUGGAGGAUUAAAAGCAGCAGCUGUCAAUACAUGUAUAUUAGCUUUAAUAGAUGCAGGAAUUGCUAUCAAAUAUUUUAUAUCUGCAUCGUCAGUAUUAUAUUUACAAAACAAUAUAAUAGUAGAUGGAAAUCAAUUUGAAGUGAAUUCGGGAUCACCUGAAUUAACCCUGGCCAUUGAUAUGAGCUCAAAUAAUAUUGUUCUAUUAGAAUUUGAUGCUGAAGUUCCCAUUGAUAUUUUUCAAUCCAUGUUAAAAGCAUGUGCUCAGGCAUGUAUACAUGUUGGGAAUAUUAUGAAAUUAAGCAUAAAGGAAAAUGCUAUAAAAUUGUUGAGUUUAAAUAGCAUUUUAAACACAUGA